AUGGAAUCUUUGAGAAUGGUACUUAUUUGUACUAUUAGCCUUAUCGAUAUUUCUUCCUAUUAUAAUGCUUGUCACCAUUUAAAACAACAAAAAACAAGAAGAGAUCAAUUAAAUCUCUUAUAUUGUUUUAUAACAUUACCACCACAACUAUCAUUUAGGAAAAUAAUGCCAUCAACUAUUAGCGAUUUUUAUCAGGAUAAAUCUGUACUUGUUAUUGGUUCAACAAGUUUUGUGGGAAAAGUUUUAUUAGAAAAAUUAUUACGUUGUUGUUCAAAUAUCGACAAAAUCUAUUGUCUUGUAUAUACAACAUCAACGUCAUCAAACUCAAGUAUUAAAUCUAGUACCAGCACAACUGUCACCACCACAACAACAAUCGAUGAUUGCUUCGAUGAGUUAUGUACAAGUAAACUGUUCGAUCGUGUAAGACGGAGUAAUCCAAAAUUUUAUGAAAAACUAAUUCCGAUUGAUAUAGAUACUAUUCUCAAUAAAGAUGAAAAACAACAAGAACAAGACGAAGAAAAAUUUCGUUUAUUACGAGAUAAUAUUGAUGUAUGCUUUUAUUUGGCAGCAAAUUCGUAUGAUUUUGAUGAGCAAAAUUUAAAACAAAUGAUACAAACAAAUGUUAUUGAUUUAAAAUCGAUAUUGAGCUUUUUGAAAACAUGUACAAAAUUAAAGUCAAUUGUUUAUCUAUCAUCUAUAUAUGCUAAUAUCGAUUGUCCGUAUAUAGAUGAAACAAUUUAUCCAUGUCCUAUUGAUCCAUUGAAAUUAAUUGAUGCUUUAAGUUGGAUGGAUAAUGAGAUGAUCGAAUUAGCUACACCAAAAUUAAUUGGAACAAAACCAAAUACAUUUACAUUUUCUCAUUGGUUAGCUGAAACUGUAUUAUCAAAUCAAAAAUUAACAUUACCACCAGUAUCAAUUGUACGUGUUUCAAUGAUUGGCUCGGCUUGGAAGGAACCUUAUCCUGGUUGGGUUGAAAAAUCAAAUGGCUUAAGUGAAUUAUUUAUAUCAUCAUCACGUGGUUAUUUACGUUCAAUGAAAGGCGAUUCACAUGCAAUUUUAGACAUUGUACCAGUUGAUAUACCAGUUAAUUUACUCAUUGUAGCUGCAUGGCAAAAAUAUAAGCAACAACAAACAAGUACAAUAGAAAAUAGUCAUAACGAUAUAUCAAUAUAUCAUUGUACAUCAAGUGGUUUAAAUCCAUUUCAUUGGCAAGAAAUGGAAAGUUUUUUUACUGAAUUUUCUAAACGUAUUCCAUAUGAAGGCGCAUUUAGAAGACCAAAUUUAACCAUAACAAGUCAUAGUUUACUACAUGAUUCAUAUGUAUUUUUUAGUCAUUUAAUUCCUGCUUAUUUAGCCGAUUUUGGUUUGAGAUUAUUAGGAAAAAAACCGCGUAUUGUUGAUUUAUAUAAACAUAUCCAUAAAAUAUUACUUAGUUUAGAAUCAUUCACAAUUAAAGGUGAAUUACAAUGUUCAUAUGAUAGUAUAAAUGCAUUAAGAAGUUUAAUGCAACAACAUGAACAUGGAAACAACGAUGAUCGAGAUGAAUUCUAUUUUGAUAUUCGUUCGUUACAUUGGCCCACGUAUAUUGAAUCAUAUUUAAUUGGAACAAAACGUUAUAUAUUAAAUGAAGAUUUAAAUAGUAUCAAUGUAGCUCAACGUCAUUUAAGAAAUUUAAGAAAUAUUCGAUGGUUAUGUAAUACAAUUAUUGUUGUUAUGUUAUGGAGAAUAUUUAUAGCUAAAACACCAGCUGCAAGAAAUAUUUGGUUUUUUAUUUUGAAUUUUGUCGCUAAAUUUGUCAAAUUUUUUAAAAUAAGUAGUGCUAUGCGAACAUAA